CAUAGUGGGGGCACUCGCGGUUACGUCUGAGUUCCAUAGUACUUCUUUGUCCAGUUCGACUAUAGACAUAUUUUCACUAUUGAAAACCGUUGUGGCACUCUCAUAAUUUUGACUGUACGUAUAUGUAUUUAAUGGCUUUUUCCCAAUCAAAUUUAAGAGAACUUCAAAACAGAAAAAUACUGGAAGAGUUACAGCUAAAAAAGCAGAUGCUUUUAAAACAAGGUGUUUCUCCAACCCUUGGAACGACGUUAAGUAAUUCUUCAACCUCUAAUUUGUCACCCACAUUAACAAGUGAUGGUAUGGCAAUGAAUGCAUCUCAAAGAGCAGCACUUCAUAAUGCACAUGCUGCUUCAUUUGGUUAUUUUGUGACACAAGACUCUUCUUUUGGAAAUUUAAUUCUUCCUGUUUUACCUAGGUUUGAAAUUGUAGAAAUAAUGGCUGGAAUAAGGAUGAAAAAAUUAGAAUAUGUAUUACAACAAUUAGACACAUUUCAAAAACCUAAAAUAUUAUUGGAACAAUAUUCAACAAGUGCUCAUAUUGGUGCACAUAUUCUUUAUACUGCCCAGACACAAUUUAAUGAUAUAACAAAUAGAACUGUCGCUGAUUUGGGUGCAGGAUGUGGUGUUUUAUCACUAGGUGCGGCAAUGAUGAAUGCUGAUUACGUUGUUGGAUUUGAAAUUGAUCCGGAUGCUCUAAAUAUACUAUCUGCGAAUUGUCAUAAUAUUGGAUUAUCAGUAGAAGCUAUUUUAUGUGAUGUUUCUCAAUAUUUACCAGGAAAAUUCAUAAAAGCCUUUGAUACUGUAAUUAUGAAUCCUCCGUUUGGUACAAAACACAACGCUGGAAUCGAUAUGAAAUUUCUUGAAAUUGCAACAAAGUUAGCCAAUCGAGCUGUUUAUUCGUUACAUAAAACUUCUACAAGAGAGCAUGUUAUAAAAAAAGGAUAUCAACUCAAAACAGAACCAACAGUCAUUGCUGAGUUGAAGUAUGAUAUUCCACGAGCGUAUAAAUUUCAUAAAAAAAAUUCAAUUGAUGUUGAAGUCGACUUUAUAAGGUUCUCAAUAAAUUUAUGAGAAAAUUAUAAAAAUAAUUUUUAUAUUAAACUGUUUUACUCAAAAAAA